CAUUUACUGAUACUAGAUGAUAUAUAUGCAUCUUUUUCGUAUUGCUGCGAAUAUGGUUCGGUAAAUAUGUAUAUACUAAUAUAUAGAUUUUUCGACGGUAAAAUAAACAGGGCUGUGCAACAGUUGGCGGCUUUGCAUGGAGGCCUACGCCCAUAUGGGGCAUUGACAAACCAACGUUGACAAAAAAAGAAAACAUCAAUUGAUCCAUUUUACGGAUUAUCAUUGAUUUUAGUCGUUGAAACGUGUUUCAUGAAUUAUAGAGACAGUUGAUAACACAAGUAUUCUUUACAAAGAAUUAUAAGUGAUUAUGGAGAGUUUUUAAUUCCCAUGGAGAUUUCACAAAACUGCUGGAUGGAUCAGCUGACUACAUUAUAAUAGGACAGAAUGGUGUAAUCUGACCAUGAGUGACAGGGAGAAGGAUCGGAUACUGACCACCUCACCCACUAAAACCCCGCCCUUCCUCCGUAACAUCACCAUCAUCGCCAGGCUCUCAACACUGGCUACACUAGCAGUGAUGUGGGCAGCAGCUAUCUACGUCGUCCAAGACAAAGACAGGGCCACGCAGUACGUCGGAUUCUAUCUCAUAGGGGCGUCAGUGGUUGUAACGUUCUUUGAAGCUACAUGGAUAAUCAACAAAUCUGCUUGCUGCAGACAGGAGGGGUGCUGCUGCUUCUGCUGGCAGCUGGUGAUGUGGGUUGACAACUGGAAGAAGGGCAUCCUGUACCUAGUCAUCGCCUUCCCCGUGUUUCUGGAAGGGAUGAGGACUGUCCUGGGGAUCGUCAGUGGGUUUCUGCUAAUUGUGUGUGGACUAUUGUACAUACUAAAGACGUUCAAGGAUGGCAUAGUGUACACAGUGACUGAGACUCAGUACAUUCCGACCACCACACCCGUCAUAAAAUUGGUCACCCAUGAGAUCUCCACACAGACUGAUGACCAGCAGUACUACCAACAACUGGGAGCUAAUCAUUAGCCAUAUAGAGUGGCAUGUAAAGACAGACACCUAAAGGAAGAUUGGAGACUUGUGUCAUAAUGGACAAGUGGUCAGAUAACAUAAUAUUAGAAACGUCAUCAUAGUUUUCUAUUCUGUUGAGGAACCAAAGACAGGAAACAUCAUCAUGCAUUGUUUCAGAACAUUUCUAGUCUGUUGAGGAACUUAGAAUUAUUGGAUUGGAUUGGAUGAUACUACCAGCUUUUUAAUGUUGGAGAUUUGACAACUCUGAGAGGAUAUGAUUGACAAGGUGGUGGUUUACACAUGUGUUGGAUUAGACAUUUUUGGUUUCAAUUUCAGCACAGUUAAACCUAAUUAUUUUGAAACUCACUAUAUCACCAGCUUUAUGUAUUGAAUUUCCAGGACCCUCUACCCCUCGCUGUAUACUCUACACCUUUUAUUACAAUAAGUGUAGAAUCUAACAAAGCAGUAUUUGUUUUGUUUUCAUUUGAUGGUUUUUAAGCUUCAGUCGAAACUACCUGUAUUUGAUUAAAUAGAUCUAUGUAUCAAUUCUAAAUCAGUCUAAUUAAAAUUAGAUUUAUUUCUAAAUGCACCUGUAAAGUGGAUCAAUAAUUUUUUUUUAAAGUUUGUUUUAAAAAGCAUCGAUUUCUUGUAAUUACAUGUUCCUGAUGCAAAAACAAAUACAAUUAGUGACAAUUAUACAGGAAUAAUGCAUAUAUAAAAUUGAACAAUAAAUUUUUUUUAUUUCUGUUAAACAUUGCAACAAUAAAAAGGAAUUUAAUUUAAAUACAAAAAAGUAUAGUACAAACAGAAGCUUACAUAUUAGAAAAAAAAUAUAUACAUGUACCAUCAAAGUUGAUGGGUUUUUUCCUAAAUCUUAUGGAGAUAUAUAAUAUAACAUGAAAUGUUUAUUGCACUUUCUAACUAAUUUUAUUUGAGGAUUUUAUGCCUUUUAAAAAUCAGUGAAAUAUAAUUUUUUAUGCAAAAAUAUUUUGUAAAUUGUAAAUUUAUACAUUUUAAUGAAAUACAUAUUCAGUCAUUUUAUAUUUUACCCUGCAACUAGAUGGAUGUAAAAGGGGUGAAUUAUUCAAUAGAUCGAGUAUUGAUGGUUCAAGUAGUUUCCCGGUAUCUACUAUUAUCGAAAUAAAUGUAAUAUAUAUACAUUAAUAUAUGCAUGUACUGAUGUUUCAAUAAUAUUUGUAAACAUAAAUUUGUAAACAUAAAUUUUUAUGUAUUUCAUAAAACACACAGUAAUAAGGCAAUGUAAAUGUUGAACAAAGCUCUGCCAAAACCAGUUUAUUUCCAUUUAAAUCAAAUAGUUAUUGAAGUUAAUAAAUUUUUAGAUCUGGUAUGUAACAAUUGAAAUCCACAAUAAUCAAUGAUAAACCAAAUAUUCCAACAAGCUUCAAUGCUUUUUCAGAGGCAAAUGUUGUUGCUAUUACAUGUAUUUACGUGCAUUUGUUUAUCUUUUAAACUUUAAAAAUAUUUGUUAAUUCUGACAAAUGAAAACAUACCAAAUUUAACACAUUAGUUUGUUUUUCAUUUUGUCCUAUCAACUGAUACACAAAUACAUUACAAACAAAACAGAUUUCAUGUACUCUCAAAUGUCAUUUUUCUUAUGUAUCGAUAAUUUUAAAUCCUUAAUGAGUUAUUUUCAUUUAUGUUAAAUCAUUGUCUUUUCCUGACGUUAAGUGUGCCAUUUACCAUGGCAUCUCCAUAUUAACGUAAAAAACAUUGACGCAUAUCAACAGAUUGUUCAACCAUUGUUGUUUGUCUGCUGCUCAACAAAAAAAACAAAAACUUCCAUCCCCUGUUUUAAUUUCACAUACAAGGGAGAACCAUUUUAACAAGACCUUGGACUUUCAGUAGGACGUUGCUACCUAAUUCUUGCAUCAAAACAAGUUAAAAAUGACGCGGUUUCAAGCGAAAUAUGCAGCGAUUGCGUAGUCUUAACUCAAAAGCCAGACAAAUCUUGUUGAUUUCAGAGAGCCGUGGCUGACAAUGAAAUAGACAGGCCUACGUCACAUUGCUUUUUGAAACAGCAACCCAAAGUCCAAGCUCUUGUUAAAAUGGUUCAAAUUAAAUUCUUCUUCCACUAAAGCUCUUCCUUCAGUUUAAUAUCACCAUCACAUCUGUCUUAAACUUUUAACAUGAUGUUUUUUUUUUUACCAUUAAAGGCCAGACUUGGUUUUGAGUUCAGUAAUUUCAAAUCUUAUUUCCCCAUUUUAAGUAUUUAGAAUGGUAGUUAUGGGUAUUUCUAAUAAUUUGUCAAAGUUUGAGAGUCAAAUAUUGAGUUACAAGAAAGUAUCAGAGUUUGAAAUUUUUUCUUAUGUAAACAAAGCACGAGUCUUGUUAUUGUUACAUAUGUUUAUACAUGAGUAUUGGUAUGAGUUUAAAUCAAAUGUGGCUUUUUUGGUUGAUUACAUCUUUUAUGAACACAAUAAAUCAGUUUAUCUUGUCUGUCAGAUUCAUUUUUCCAAAGAAGUGGUAAUUUCUGUACUUUUCGUUAUUUGUAAAAAUAAAAUGUACGACUCAAUAUUUGUCUACACAACAAUGAUUUCUUACCUUGGUAUCUUGCUUGUAACUUGACUUCUAACAUUUAAAUUUUUGUCAAUCAUUCAAAAUGCACAAGUGAACAAUUUUAAACAUAAAAAAUAAAAUU